CCCAGACACUAACAGCAGCCUUUAACACAGCACAGCCUGCUUUUUGUGCAUUUGCAUCAGAGGCAACACAGGAUACACUCUCUCACACACACACUCGUAGCCACUUACGCACUAAAUCAUAUCUCAAACUGGAGUCGCAGUGAGGAAACAGAAUGUCAGGGAAGGAAGCACUGAAGCCAGUGGGAAAGCAGAAUUUGCCUCAAGUCUGCAGAGCUCUUUUCUGACCCGCUCUAGAAGAGGACUGAAGGAAACGUUUAGAUUCAUAACAGCAGGAAAAUAUCUGAUGGUAUUUUUUGGAAAUAGGCCAGAACACGAAAGGAGAAGGUUUUAGAUUUAGUUAGUAGAAACUCAGCCUUCACUUGGAUAUCACCCUCGAGAUCUGGAUUUUCAAACAGAAAAGACAUACAUCAGGAGGAAAUUCUUGAAAUUCUCUUUGUCUCUGACCACUCACUGCUCUUCAGUCCCAUCAUCUGCUGCCUCCAUCGAACUACAGGAGGACACAUCACCAGGUUUACCACACAUAGACAGGCCACAAGUAAGAUGAGUCUGUCACGGAACGGGACGCUGGAGAAGACAGUAUCCGAGCAAGCCCAUUCUGAACGGGGCUCCCCCUCCAGAGCGGGGUCAGGGGUCAUGGUGCCGCCUCCAUACUCCCGGGGGGGUAGUGAAGCCGCUGACGCCCUGGAGUUAAGGGGCUCUCUGGACUGCUGGGCAUGCUCUGUGCUGGUCACUGCACAGAAUAUGAUCAUAGCGCUGAUCAACGCCGGGCUGGCCAGCAUCAUCUUCGGCACCAUCCUCACCCCUGCUCUUACCAUGAUCAUAUUCGGCUUCCUCUGCCACUCCACGGUGCAACCCCAUGGAACAUCUCUGUAUUGCUCAGACCUGCUGGAUGAUGCCGGCUGCGUGGCUCUGCUGGUUGUGGGCUUCCUGCUACUCACCCCCCUGCUGGUUCUGGCGCUGGCUGCCUACUGCCGCCUGGCCCGACACCUCCAGCUGGGCAUGUGUUUCAUUCCCUACAGCCGCGCCGUCUACAAGAACCUGCCGGCCUCACGCCACCGUGGGGCUAGUCCAGGAGGCUGCUGUGGUCAACAGGGGGCUUCAGAGAGGGAGAGGAAGGGCAGCGUGUGGGUGUAGGAGAGGAGAGGAGAGGAGAAGAAAGGAGAGAAGAUGAUUGUAUAUGGUUGUAAUAUGUAUCCUUGUUUAAUGAUGAAAGUUGGGUUUUUUGAUUCUGGAUCUUUGUUUUUUAAAAAAUUCAAAUUUCCAUUGUUUUUCUAUUUCUAAAGCCAUUGUAAAAAUCCAUCAUAUUUAAUCAUUUAUAGUCAUUGUUUGAAAGUCAAUAUUGCUUUUUGUAUUUUGUAUACUAUUUCAAUGCAUUGAAUGUAUUUUAUACCUUUUUACAAUAAAGUGUCACUUGACCUGUCAA